AUGAGCUCAACUCUGCCUCUUCAUAUGUACAUACGUCCGCUGUUGAUCGAAGACGCUCACGAAGUAUGUGAGCUUGAAAGUAGGGGAUUCCCUCCUGAAGAGAGAGCUUCUCGCGACACAACCGAGUUUCGUUUGAAAACCUGUCCUGAGCUGUGCUCAGGUCUGUUUAUCAGAAACGUCGAGGGAAACGAAGUCAAGGGCGAAAAAUUGAUCGGCCACAUCAUGGGCACCAAGAUCCCAGCUUCGCCUGACCACUCGCAACCCUCCAUGAUCACCUUGGAAAGCAUGGGCAAGGUGCACGACGAGGCGUCGAGCACCGUGGGCAUCCACUCCGUGGUGAUCGCGCCCGAACACCAGAAGAAGAACCUGGCUACGUUGCUGCUGACCGACUACAUCCAGAAACUCAGUAACCAGGAGGUGGGCCAGAGAAUUGCAAUUAUUGCACACGAGCCGCUUGUUCCGUUCUACGAGCGUAUCGGGUUCCAACUGAAAGGCGAAAAUCGCCAGGUCCAAGCCGAUCCUGCGUUCAGUAAAACCAAGUGGUGCGACAUGGUCCGCGAGCUGGUCAAGGAGGAGUACGAGAACUAG